CUACAUAUAGGUGUGAUAAGAUUUUAUAGCCAUUACUAUAAGGCUGUACUUUAGUGAACAAUGAGAAUUCUAACUAUUGUGUUCGUGUGUCUUUACAUGGUCGUUGCGGAAGUAAAAAGAAGAGAUGUUGAAUUGUUUGGAUUGAAAUUCAAAAACCCAGCUAAUAUGCAAACAAUGCUUGGGACAAGUGGAAAUACUGGAGUUCAGAACCCUUCAAACUUUGCUGGAUCAUUAUCCAGUUCUGGUUCAAUUAGUACGGGAAGUGCAGGGAUUAAAAAUCCAGCAAACAUGGCAGCAACAUUAUCGGGAUCGGGAUCUCUAAAUCCAGCCAAUAUCGGAACGCAAUCUGGACAAAAUCCACAUAAACAGGUCCCUGGAGAUAUGACUGGCUCUUUGGACCAAAUACAUAGUAAAUAUGGUAUUCAGGGAGGAUAUGUUCAACAUCAGAUCCACGAAAAACCAGGAACAAGUUUGAAUAGUGGCGGUGCUGGUAACAGCCAUCUUCCCGGCAGAUGCAUCAACUCUCAUCCAGAGAAAUGUCCCAUGUCUUGUCAAGAGGUUGAUUCGGUCACAGGUUGUAUCGUUUGCAGCAGUAGCUGCCAGACUGCCGGGUACGUGACAUCUGCAGCGACAACAUCACAACCAAGUGUAUCUACAAUAGGUGCUCAAAAGACUACAACAAUGAAAGCUUCACAGCUCAUAGGCAUUUGUCAAGCAUUUCCUGUUAACUGUCCAAGAGGAAGUUUUGCAAUACAAAAUGGUUGUCCAGUGUGUACAGCUUUACAGAAAACAGUAGCGCCCUCUUCAACACAAUCGACUGUUACAACUACAUUGGCUCCAAGUACAACUCAUGCACCUGUCACAUGUGCUCCUGUUCGGUGUAUUGCACCGUGUAACAAAGGAAUCAAAUUUGAUGCAUCAAGAUGUCCCGUCUGUGUUUGUUAAAUGUGUAAUAAACUUUGGUUUCCGAGGUGUCUUGCCCAGUUUAUUUUAUCAAAUAAAAUGUACCAAUGGU